CAGUGGUCACUCGCCGUGCGACUCCGCCGCGGCUGACAGUGUUCCGCAUUUGUAGCGCGCCAAUUUUGACAUCUAUUUUUAAUCUGUGUUAGUGUUACAAGUUUUAAAAAUGUUGCGUAUUAUUAUCCUUAGCAUCACAUUGGGCGUAGCCGUCAACUCCCAGGCACCUUACUCAGCAGCGUCAGAAUCUCAAAGAAGAUUCGCCCUUGAGAACAGAUACGACGACACAGGUCCAGGGGCAAAGGGUCCGGAAUACGCUUACAACACCUACAAAACACUCCAAGAAGCUCUGGUCUCCUACAUUGAUGACGCAGACACGAAACUACCAGAACAUGAACGGGCUAAAGUGGAACAAUUUGUUAAUACAGACUUCAGUCAACCGAUUCGGGAACUCCCCAAAACUGUAGAAGAAUACACUGGAUUAAAACAGCCCUCCCGUCCCCAAUUACAGCCCUUGAGACGGCCGAUUCAGCCUCCACCAAUCAGACAGCAGGAAGAGCAAUUUUCACCCAAGCCACUGCAAUACCAGCCUAUUUUAUCACAACCCUCAUUUCAACCAUAUCCAGCAGAAUAUAGGCCAGAAAAACUCUUUCUGCAGGGCCCAAACACAAAGUACUCAUUCCCUGAGUUCCGUAGCUCAAACUUGAAACAGAGUGUACAAAGUGAGAGAUUGCAGCCAUAUAGAUUGCAAAGAAUUCCAGGUCUCGUGAACCAGGCGUAUUAUACGCAGAAUUCGGAGUUAUAUGACCGGCCGUACGAUUCUCAACCACAGUACACGUUCUCUUAUGGAGUACAUGAUAAGAAGACGGGCGAUUCAAAAUCAGCGCACGAGAGUCGAAAUGGCGGGUCAGUGAAGGGGUACUACACAUUUGUCGACCCUGACGGCAAACAACGCACUGUGCACUACACAGCUGACGACAAAUACGGUUUUAGGGCUUCUGUUCAACAUACACAUAUGAAUACCCAAUAAAUUAUUUCAUUAGCUUGUUUCUACAAAUAAUAAUGUAUUUACAUUUAGUUGAAGUUAUAUUUAAAGGUAAUAAAAUAGCUGGAUUUAAAAUUUACCACGGAAUUAACUUUUAAAUAAGAAUCUUUUUAUUACUAUAUUAAAAUAUUAAUUAAAAAUUAGUCAGCAAUUUUAGUAUCGCAUUUUAACCACGCUGGAUGAUGAGUCAAAAUAUUUAAUACCUAGAAAUAUAUUUUUAUUAAACUAAUGUGAUAAUACGGUUUAAACCGUAUUAAUUUGAUAAAGUGUGUAUCUGGUAUGUGUAUCAGCCCCUGUCUCACCAAUAUUAAAUUAUGAUUCAAGGCUUAAUAUUGUGUAAUGGAAGAUCAAUAAACUACUAUCAUUUUACAUAGAUUAUAUUCAUAAUACUGUAAGUGUAAUAAAGUUGCCAAAUUAUUAUAAAGAUGUCUUCUAGAUUGUAAAUUGUAAAUAAACUUUGUAUAUUAAACCUAAAUAUUGUA